GUUUGCUAUCGUCUCUCUCCCGGUCUCGCUCUCUCUCUUUCUCUCUCGCUCACAGGGCCUGCCUGGCCUGGGCCCCGUCGUGUGCUCUGGCUUGCUUCGCUUCGGUUCCUCCAACAAUUGCACGAUUCAGUGAUUUCCAAUUCCACAGACGAAUUCCGAGCUCUCGACCAGAGGAUUUUGUUUAGUUCAUUGUUGAAAUCGCAACGGAGGCGAGGGAUUAGCAGGCGGUUGGCAAGUUGAAGUGGAAUGGGGAGCUCGGAGGCCACCAUAGCUGUCGCUGACACCGUUGGAUCGCCGGGAGGUGCCUGUGAAGAACUUGCUGGGUCUCUACAAGGUUGGAAACGCAAGCUGUCAGAGACGAGGGGGGGGACCCCAAAGAAGAAGGUUGUGUCAUUUUUGACACCAGAUGGCGAAGAAAUUAGAAACAAAACACAGUUAAAUAAGUAUCUCAAAGCUCAUCCGGGAACGGUCGUUGUUACUGACUUUGAUUGGGGCUCCCCAGCUUUCGAGCCUGUGACUCCAAAUGUGACAAGAAGAUCUGCAAGACUAAGCAUGAAGGGCCGUUCCUUGUUUGAAGCAAUUGACAAGGAGAUGGAACCGAAAACCCCGGUUAAGAAAGCACGCAAAAGUCGUCAUAAUGGAACAGCAAACAAAGAUGAAUCUCUAGCUAAGGGCGAGCCUGCAAACAAGACAGGGCCCGCGGAACCAAUGGACAUCUCAGAGGAUCAAUCCCUGCCUGUGACACAGAAGGAAAUUAUCGAAACUAAUGGGAACCAUAAAGCUCCUACCGUGGAUAUACCCAGUGCAGAAGCUCCAGCAGUUGCGGAAACCAAAGAAUUGACUGCACGAACCCAGGCUAUCAACUCGGAAGCUGAAAUAAAGACGGAUCUUGAAAAUUCUAUUGACAAAGCCAUGUAAAGAGAAACGAACUGUCUGAGAUGUAACGAAGUCCAACAUGGGUUCUAACACAGACGAAAGACGAUGCACACAUGGUUAAUGGUGCCCUUGUUGAUGAUGUGUCCGCGCCUUGACAGAAAUAAGUCUCUAAAUUUCCAGAAGCAGUUUCUGGACCUGUAACCCAAGCAUCGGUGUCCAGUUAUGUAUCGAAUAGGAGGUGGGAAUCAUGUCAUAGUUAGUGCAAGUGUUCAUCGUAUACAAGUUAACCUUGUAGAGAGACUCCAACUGCAGGUAUUUGGGACGGUUUAUUUUUGUGUGUGUACUCUUGCCGUUGGCCUACAAGCAAAGAAGCAUGUCAAGCCAGCAGGAUCUGUCUCUGCAGACGUUGGGAUACUCCUGGUAUGUUACUGCCAUUUGUAGCACGUCGAUUUUCUAAACUAUGUGAAGAACGUAAGCGAAUGUCUCCAAGUAGAGCGUAAAGUAGUUUAUACCGCAAUUACGAAGUGUUUUAGGAAAUCAUAACACCUAGUUUUCUCAAUCCAUACAAAAUAAAUAAAUGUUUGGACCAUAAUACGUGUCCUUGUUUCUAA